AGUAACAACGAGAGCUUGUUUACUUUAUAUCUGACAUCAAAAAUACAACAAAUAUUGACAAGGAUCCAUUUAACACCAAGAAAUUGGCCAAUUUAGCGGUGAACUUUGAAGCAUUAUGAUAUUUUUGCAAAUUGAAACGACGUACAACAAGGGCAAAGAGCGCAAACUGGCUGAUCUUUGCGCAAAUUAAACUUGGACCGUUGGACGCAGCAGUCAGCAGUGGUCAUCCUGCGGUUUUGUUUUGAGGCGCUAGUAUUUGAUCUUUGGAUUAAUACUAAAGAUUAGACGUUCGCGAAUCAUGAAUAUUAGAUGACACUUUCGCAGAGCACAGAUACGGUACGCAGUUAUUGUGACGCCUUAGCGGUUGAGGUAUUGAGAGACGCUAUUACAAAUUUCAGGAGCGAAUUAAAUGAUCAACUUGUGUCAGAUAAGGUAAAAACAAUGAAUGGUACAGUACUAACAAACCAUGUCAACCAUCUGGAUAACUUCAAAAAGUUGGAAGAAAAUUUGAUCACUUCAGAAAAAGUGAAAGAUUCCAGCAAAGAUAAUGCUGGUGCAACCUUGCAUGAAAAAGACAAGAAGAAGCUGGGAAUGAUACAGGAAGAAGCCAAAAAGGACAAUGAUAGCAGUGGAGAGGACAUAUCAUCCCUCACGAGUGAUACAGAUAGUGACAGCGAUGUGAGUCUUGAUGACAGCACUGAAGAGGAAGUAGAGUUCUUUCCGGCAAAAAGAGGUAGCCAUCUUAAACAGUUUGAUGCAACACAAAAUCAAAUCCAUUCUCCAGCAACAUCUAAAGAUACUGCAAGUUUGCCAAGCAAUGAUUCUAAAAAUAGCAAUGACAUCAUAGUGAAUGGUGGAAACACAGAAGACAGCAUUGAUCAAGGUAAUCAAUAUACAGGACUUCAAAACAAAUUACCACUAAAGUUAAGUCCUUUAUCGGUCUCUGGUCACAACAAUGGAGGAAGGCUAAAAGACCAGGUGGAUGGUACCUCUGAGUCAAUUCCAACCACCUCUAGCAGCUAUGGUGAACCAUCAACCAGUGGCAGCUCUGACAUUAUAAUACCAUCAGCUCACAAUCCCCCGGAUUUGAUCAAAGGUAACCUUAACAGUUCUGGAACGGUGAGUGAUGAUUCGGACUUGAAGGACCAUGCUAGAAUCCUUGCUGAGCUUCAAAAAAUUGUGCUGGAUGAUGAAUUGCAUGAUGGUCAUGGCCAGAGUAAUGACGGUAACAGCCAGAUAAACCAAGGUGAUGAAAACAAUAAUGGUGCCAAAGUCCAGAAUGAUGUUACCAAAAACAAUUCCCAUACAAGCAACCAACAUGAUGGUAAUAAUAGUACCAUGAAAAGUCUUCUGGCCAACAAUUUGGGUACUAGCAUCGAUGGUCAUACAAAAGCUGAAACUAACCAAAACAAUGAUGAUGGAAAUACAGAUGGUGCUGCCAACUUUGACAGGGAUGGUGGAAAUGUAGGUAAUGGUACCCAAGGUAAUGGUACGAGUAGCAAUAGUAUAUUACAUGGUACUGCAGACAGUAGCAAACAAGGGGGUGACGUAGUGAAAAAUGACACCUUGCAUGGACCACAAACCAAUAAGAAACCAGAAAUUACCUCUGCUUCCAAGACUACACCUACCCAACCAGCCAACUUUGCAAACCAAGACCACAGUGGACUUGAAAAUCUCGAAAGAAAACUUUCAAACCUUCAGAUUUCAAACAAGGAGCAAACAGAGGAAAUCAGACGACUAAAGGAUCUAAAUGAAACCCUGAAGACAAAGUUCGAAAAAUUGGAACAAUCGUCAAGCCAUAACCAAAAUAUCGAAGAAAGAAUGUUACAGCGAAACGAAGAAUUGGAGAAGCAUUUACUUGGUAUGCUCAAAUCACAGGAAAUUAUUUUCGAAAUGAAAGAAAAUCUCAAAGCAGCAUCUGCGGACAACGCGAAGUUGUCCAACGAUUAUAAAGAAGCAGUCAAAGCCUUGGAAGCAGUCGAUAAACUGUUUGGUCAAAAAGAUGCUCUAGUAAAAAAAUGGAAAGAGGCUACGGAGGAAUCGCGAAAUUUGGUGGAAUUACUAAAGAAGCAUAAUGCAGAGCUGGGAGACUUGGAAACGGUUGACAAGCUUAAAGAAGAGAUCGUCCUACUGAAAGAUAAAGUUUCUAAGGCGGAGGAAAGAAAUAGAGCGGUUGACACAAAGAAUGCAGAAUUUAUCGAACAAUCAAAAACAUGGAAAGAAAAGUAUGAAAGAGAAAAUGAGCAGAGAAUAAGACUCGAUUUUGAACUGGAGGAAGUUCUGAAAGAGUUGAAGAAUCACCAAAAGCUGGCUGGAAAACGAGGAAGGAGGAAUCAAAUGUUACAACUCGAGAUAACGGAACUGAAAGAUACCUUAAAGAUUGCCAAGGAAAAACUUGUGGAGAAUGAACGAAGGUUGAAGGAGCUUGAGAGAAAGUACGCCGAUACUCAGGAGACAUACACGAAGAUUAUCCACGAGAAGGAAAAGCAGCAUAGUGUCUUAAUUAAGAACUCUGAAUCUCAUCAGAAGGAUCUCGUGGCUAACAUUGCAAAUGCUGAAAUUCUAAGAAAGGAAGCAAAAUCUCUGAAAGACAGUAUAGUAGUCCUGGAGAAAGACAAAAUUGAAGUUGCAGAAAAGUUAAGAAAUAACGAAAAAUCGCUGGAAGAGACUUUGAACAAGAAAGUGGAGCUAAGCGAGCAGCUAGCUAAGCUUCAAGCAGAUUUUGAAGCAGCAAAAAUAGAGGCCGUCGACAACGAGUUGUACACGGAAGAACAGACGGUGAGAUUGCAAGAGUUGGAUGAACAAUGCAGGCAGCUUCAGCAAGUCUUGAAGCAAUAUAUCCAUAGCAAUGGCAACACCAGAGGUCGGAGGCUAAGCGCAGCUCCAGGUCGAUAUAACCGAGGGAGGAAGUCAAAACCAUCCCAAACAUGGCCUGGUCAGCUUGAUAUGUAUAAACAACUGCUAUCUCCGCCGAGAGGAAUGCCAAAAAGGAAAACUUCAGCGCGGAGAGAGGCCAGAUAUAGAGUCCAAAUAACCGACAAGAAUGACUCGGAGGAUACGUUCGAUGACGUAACUAAAAAAUAUGACGAAUCCAGUAAACCCAUGACCUUUCAUCCCAACCGGCCAAGGUCUACAUACGGGAAUAGAUCGUUGUCCACCAAUAACAUCGAAGGUAGCCAUCACGACCACCACAGUGAAAAAGACUGGGUACCGAAAAUAGUGUUAGUUGACAGUCAAAAACUAGAGUCCAGCUCUGAGCAUGACAGUGGCAGCGUGAGCGCUGACCAGUAUGCAAUGCAGUACGUCAAACUUGGGGAUAGAGUGCUGCUUGAGCUUCCUGUUGAGGGCAAGAAACAAAAUAUUUCAGGCACUGUGAAGUAUGUUGGUCCUGUUUAUCAUUCAAAUUUCAAGCGGGGUAUCUAUGCCGGAUUGAAGUUGGACAUCCCAGCUGGGGACACCAAUGGAACGGUUGGGGAACGAGUGUAUUUUCACUGUUUGAAGAAUAAUGGGAAAUUUGUGAAACUAGCGCACAUUCUUGCAGUUCAAAAUCCCCGGACGCAGCAAUAUACGAGAGUUCUUCCAAUGGCAUAUAAAUAACAAUAAACUUAAUUGUUUUUUGGUUUAACUGUCACAAUUAUAUAUCUUCGGACAUUUGAUUUAGGCAAUAGUGCAUUAAUUCCUAAGUAAGUUAUAUUUUUAUAUUCGCGUGUUAAGUAUUUUUAUGUACUAUCUAAUUUUAUACUCGAAUUUCAUUAAUUUAUACUGUUUUUAAUUAAAGAAUAUAAUGACUUUUUAUUCACUAGGUGCAUGGGGCUUCAUAAUCGAUGGGCUUUCGACAAUUUCAUUUUACAGAAUGAAAAUAAAGGGAAUUUAUGCUUUUCAGCAGGGAGGCAUUAUUCAUGCAAAAUUUGGUAUAUGAUUCACACAAGUUGCUAGAGAAUGAAAAUGCAAAGGACAAAAUCUUGACCGCUUCCAAUAUCAAUGCAUCGAAAAUUCUCAGCAUUUAACCAACGAUGUGCUGGAAGUUUUAUUGCUAAUAUAAUUAAUUACUAUUGUGACACAAACCUCUAGGGAAGAACAAUACAAAAAUGAAGUUCUCAAAAAA